AUGUCCUUGCGAGUAUACUUUGCUUGUGCGGCGGGCUUCUCUUCGGGAAAAAUGGACACCGGUAUUAUCGGCCCGGUUACCGUGAUGGAGAGCUUCGCGGCCAAGUUCGGGAUCCAGUCUGCAACUGUCCACGGGCUGACGGUCUCGUCCAUCCUGAUCCCCGCGGCGAUAUCCUCGUUCUUCGCUGGCUUCUUGGCCGACGAACUGGGGAGGCCGACGGGUAUCAGCAUUAAGGCCCUGAUCUUUGAGAUUGGCGCCGCGAUUGAAGGUGCGGCUGCCCACCUAGCCAUGUUCAUUGUAGGGAGGUGUAUUGAGGGGAUUGGCGAGGGGCUGUACCUCGGCACCCUGGUUGUGUAUAUCUGCGAGAUUUCUCCGACCAGCAUCCGAGGCACUUUAGCGACAGGCCCUCAGUUGCUCAUCACCUUGGGGCUAGUGAUUGGGUUCUUCACCUGCUACGGUACCGCUCGCGUCAAUUCGUCCUUGUCGUGGCGCACGCCGUACAUAAUCCUGGUGUAUUUGUCUGUUCUGUUCUCCGCAGCGUCGUACCUCUUCCUGGUCCCAUCGCCAAGGUGGCUAACGCUUCAUGGUCGUCGUGAAGAAGUAGCAAGAACUUGGGAUAUCUUGGGUGUUGGCCAGGCAGAACGUGAGAAGGUCGAGAUCGAGCAAGUCCGGCAAGAUCGCAUUCAAGCCCAGGCCAUCCAGGAGUCUUCCGAUGCUGUAAUUGCUCCACAACCUCAGAUCAAAUCAAUGAUGCACAAACUGUUGGAUAUUUUCUCCAAGGACGUUCGAGCUCGCACGGCUCUCGCGGUGUUCCUGAUGGGAAUGCAACAGCUCUGUGGUAUAGAUGGGGUAUUAUAUUAUGCACCUCUGCUUUUCGAACAGGCCGGUCUGGCUUCUGCCAGUGCCACGUUCUUCGCCUCUGGUGUUUCGGCCAUUGUGAUUUUUGUGGUGACAAUCCCUGGUCUUAUCUGGGCUGACAGAUGGGGCCGCCGGCAGAGCACCAUCUGCGGAGGAAUCGGAAUCUGUACCACCAUGUUCUUGAUAGGAAGCCUUUAUGCAGCCAAUGCAGUGGAUGGUUCCUCUGGAGCGGGCCGAUGGGUGGGCAUCAUCUCCAUUUAUAUCUUCGCGGUGAUCUUCUCACUUAGCUGGGCGGUUGGCAUUAAAGUUUAUGCCACGGAGAUCCAGCCGCAGCGCACGCGAGCAUCCGCCACGAGUCUCGCGCAUGGCGGCAAUUGGGUGACCAACUUUCUGGUGGCUCUAGUGACACCCAUCUUGCUCUCAAAGAGCAGCGUCGGCGCAUACUUUCUGUUCGGUGGACGCGCGCUGAUCACUACCGUCGUCUGCGCGAUCUUCAUGCCGGAGACGCGGGGAAAGUCUCUUGACGAGAUUGAGGAGGCCUUCAAGUCGAGAUCUCUGGGUUCCCAUUUUGCAAAACUGGUUCGCCCCUUUACUCGGCUCUUCCCUUGA